CAAAACUGGUGCUUUCAACUUCUACUCUGCAAUGACUUAAAGUCCUGUGGAUAUGAAGGAGAAAGCAGAAUAGCGUAUCUUAUCUGUUUUAUUGCCUGCUAUGGGAGAUAAGACCUGUGUGAGUUUUUUACUCAUUUUAUAAUCUGAAGAACAAGGCCAGAGGCAACCUGUGUCCAGCCGGUGAUUCACCACAGGACUUGAACCCAGGUCUCUCGUCUCUUGCUCCCUGCCUAUCCCAUCUCGUUGCUUAAAGGUUUCCUGAGAGCCCAGCUGGGCACUGACAGUGCUCUGUACUUCCAGGGGCUUGAAAGAGGGCACACACAAACUGCAGUGCCUUGCCAGGAGGGCAGGUGGCAUGGGAACUUGUCCUAUUCUAAAGGAACAUUCAGUCCUGAGGAUAGCAAAAGAUAACUGAAAGCAUUAGUUAAAGGUGGGUUUGUCCCCCUUAUAAUCUCUUGAAACACGAAAACCAGUGGCAAAAGGGUUUGUAAAGCUCAAAUGAGAUAAAUGUGAAAGUGCUUUGUAAACUGUAAAGUGCUGUGCACAUGAUAUUCUGAGCAUCUUUGAAACAAAGAGCAUGUUGUUAAUAGCCAUUUACCAGAGAAGAGUAACAGUCUAUCGGGCCAUGAGGGAAUUGCUGACUGCCAUAGUGGGAGGUCUCCUGAGCCUGGAAAACACCCUGUACCCUGAUAACUCUUUUGUAUCUGUCAGCAAGGCUCAGGGCAUCAAUGUUUCCUUUCCAAUGUUGCCAAUGAGCAUCUCUGUGUCUCUUUGUCCCAGGCCUCAAGGCUGGCUGAGUAGCUGGCUGCCGGCUUGGCGCCCCACUUCGAUGUCUCAAUUGAAGAAUGUGGAAGCCAAGAUCCUCCAGUGUCUCCAGAACAAGUUCCUGGCCCGGUAUGUGUCUCUCCCAAACCAGAACAAGAUCUGGACGGUGACCGUGAGCCCCGAGCUCAGGGACCGCACCCCUUUGGUGAUGGUGCAUGGCUUUGGGGGUGGCGUGGGCCUCUGGAUCCUCAACAUGGAUUCACUGAGUGCCCGCCGCACACUGCACACGUUUGAUCUGCUUGGCUUCGGGAGAAGCUCCAGGCCAACAUUCCCGAGGGACCCAGAAGGGGCCGAGAAUGAGUUUGUGAUCUCAAUAGAGACGUGGCGGGAGACCAUGGGGAUCCCCAGCAUGAUCCUCCUAGGGCACAGUUUGGGAGGAUUCCUGGCCACUUCUUACUCUAUCAAGUACCCUGAAAGAGUUAAACACCUCAUCCUGGUGGACCCAUGGGGCUUUCCCCUCCGACCAACUGACCCCAGUGAGAUCCGUGCACCCCCAACCUGGGUCAAGGCUGUGGCCUCUGUCCUAGGGCGUUCCAACCCACUGGCUGUUCUUCGAAUAGCUGGGCCCUGGGGGCCUGGCUUGGUGCAACGAUUCCGACCAGACUUCAAGCGCAAGUUUGCAGACUUCUUUGAAGAUGAUACUAUAUCAGAGUAUAUCUACCACUGCAACGCACAAAACCCCAGUGGUGAGACGGCCUUCAAAGCCAUGAUGGAGUCCUUCGGCUGGGCCCGGCGCCCCAUGAUAGAACGAAUUCACUUGAUUCGAAAAGAUGUGCCCAUCACCAUGAUCUAUGGGUCCAACACCUGGAUAGACACCAGCACAGGGAAAAAGGUGAAGCUGCAGCGGCCGGAUUCCUAUGUCCGAGACAUGGAAAUCGAGGGUGCUUCGCACCACGUCUAUGCAGACCAGCCACACAUCUUCAAUGCGGUGGUGGAAGAGAUCUGUGACUCGGUUGAUUGAGCUGCUCUCACUAGAGGAAGCGGAGAAAGCCAGAGAGUCGCUCUCACCUCCCUGGCUGCUUACUCACCCUCUGUCCUUUCCUCACCAACUAACAUGUGCCAGCCAGUCAGAGCCUUGGGCUGUUCCCAAGGCAAGAAUGCAGUGAAAAGUACUCCUGACCCCAGGCUGAGGGCUGGAGGCAGAAGCUCCAACGAGGCCUUGAGCUUCCCACCCCCGGGGAGGAACAUAAAGGGUCACUUGGUGCCACCCCAUUCUCUUCAUGCCAAGCGCUACCCAGAUAGUGGUUGUGAGGGUCUGUACGGAACCACGUCCCCUCCCUGCCAAAGGGAGGCCAGCCUCUCUAGCCCUGGACAAAGCAGAGGCCCCCACAGUCUUUCCUAGCUCUGGAACAUUUCUGGGGGUAGGUUCCACAGAAGAACUUCCUCCUCCUCCACCUCCUUGCCCCUCCCGUGCCAGUGUCCAAGGUAUGGUUGGGACCAGUUCCCACGGAGCUACCAAGAGCAGGUUCUGGAGAGCCCCUUGUUCUUCAGAGUCUCUCCCAUGACCUGAGAGGUCAUAGCCAAAGCCCUCGUUAGCAGAUGAGGAGCAGGCCAGGGCAGGACAUGGCCGGCCCAUGGUGAUAUAGCUCUGUUCCAGAAAAGCUCAGGCUAGAACCCAGGUCCGCUGACACCUGGUGAUGGUGCAGACUCCAUUUGCAAAGGUUCGAGGCAGGCACCAUUGCCAUGGGGUAACUGGCCAAGGGUAAGCCCAUCCCUGCCCACAUUCCAGCCCCAUUGCACAGGGGUGCUGUGGUCCCGCCCUGUGUCUCAGCCCUGGCUGCCUAAGCCAGGAACACUCAAGUGCUUCCUUCCCUGCCCACUCUUCCCCCAACCGGGAGGCCUCUGGGCCUCCCUCUGUGCCUUGGGCCCUGAAGCCCCUCCUGUAGUACAGAGCAAAGGUGGCCCCUGGUGGGGAGAGGAGGGAAAGGCUCUUCAGCCCAGGGCCAGCUCUGGAUUCCCUUGCCCCCGGCAAGAUUUUUCUUCCUGUUCCCAGAGCUGAGGCCACCUGGAGCCCCUGCCCAUGGUCCAGUGGGGAGUCUCAUGCCAGCAGUUUCCUGUCCUCAUCAGCCACAAGAUGGUUCUCACUGCCUGGCCCUCUACCCCUGCCACCUGUCCUCCGUGGUCUCCAGUUCAUCCCGCUCAACCCACCUGUCAUCCUCUCCAAGGACUGGUUCCAGGUGCUCCUGCGAGGUUCCGGGCAGCCGGCUGGACCUGGCCCCAGAACCAGGACAGCUCCUGCCUGCUCCUUCUCUUUUGUAAAGCCAACCCUUUCACCAAAAUAGUAUUAACUCACCGUGCUUUGUACUACUGGUCCAGCUGCCUUGGGCUCUUUUUCUACAUUAAUAAAGAAAUGAGUAAAAACUG